AUGGCGAGGCUUUUGAAUUUUCGAAGAAUCACGUUGAUGUGGAAGUUACUAUAUCUGCAUGAGAAAAGAGGAGGAAACCCGCAUCCGAAUGGUCUUCUUCGCGGUUUUGGGGAGGCUAUUGAGGAUUGUGGGCUGUCACAAAUGCCUUUGGACGGAUAUCAGUUUAAUUGGGAAAGGGGACAGGGGACUAUGAACUGGAUUGAGGAGAGACUAGAUAAAGUGUUCACAACAGAAAGUUGGCGUAAUAUUGUGUUGGGAGCUAGGGUGACGAAUUUGACAACCCGGGUGUCGGAUCACUCUGCCCUCUUUCUAGGAAUCCAUGACUCCUUAGGGAGGGCUGGAACUAGUAAGAGGGGAUUUCGUUUUGAGAUGGCAUGGUUACAUGAUGAAGGGUGUAGAGGUGUGGUGGAACAGUCAUGGGAAGAAGGAAGGAGUAGGGGGUUGUAG